AUGGACUUUCUUACACGAGUGGCUGGCCUUAGGCGUCUCGACAUGGUCCCUAAUACUGACGUUUGUGAGAGCCUUGGUGUACAGUCUUUGCUUCUCGAGAUUGAGAAGUCACCGCUGCGAUGGUUUGGCCAUGUGUUGCGAAUGCCUCCAGAAAGGAAGGCUAAGCAACUGUUUGUUGCGAAGCCGACCGGCAGAAGGAAAUUGUUGCAGACUCCAGCUCUCUUCUGCCGAAGCUCGGACUCUGGCAAAGGAUCAGGAACACUGGAAGCGCUGUCUGACGCGUGUGCCUCCGCGACCCGAAAGAAGCGACCAGGGAAGAUGAAUGAAAUGAUCGUGCGGUUUGUUGAAGACAGAUUUUGGAUUAAAGAGUUGUGGAUAAACGUCUAUCUCGAGCAGAUGAUCUGUACAACGGACUAUGUGAAAUUAACAAACAUGGGAUGCAGCACUUUUGGAAGGUUGUAG